GGACAGAACGGCGCUGACAAACAUGAAAGCUCUUACACAAACGGUUUUGCUUCUGGGUGUUGUCGCAACCAUGUGCGGGACACUCAGUAUGGCUGAUUGCAGUGGAGACUCUACAUGCAGUGGACAAGGAACCUGUGAAACGGAUUACACGUGCACCUGCAACACUGGUUUCAUUGGUGACUUGUGUGAAUAUGAUGAUCCAUGCCUACCUGAUCCAUGUAAUGGCAAAGGGACAUGUGCACCUGAUUCAUCGGAUCCUCCUGAAGAAGUCUGUACUUGUAAUGCUGGCUACGGUGGAGCUAAAUGUGACCUCGCGCCACUAUGCACGGAUGAUGCAGGUUGUCUCAGUGGUGGAACCUGUGACAAAAGCAGUGGCCAGUAUGUUUGUGACUGCGCCCUAGGUUAUGGAGGCGACACAUGCAAUAAAGCGCCAAAAUGCACGGAUGAUGCAGAGUGCCUCAAUGAUGGAACCUGUGACAAAAGUAGUGACCAGUAUGUUUGUGACUGCGCCCCAGGUUAUGGAGGCGACACAUGCAAUGAGGCUUCCUGUGACAAGAACCCAUGCCAGCAUGAAGGAACGUGUAAAGUUCAAAGCGACUCUAUUGUCUGCACAUGUAAACCUGGCUGGGGUGGAGACAGAUGUCAACUCGAGCCACUAUGCACUGCUGAUGCAGAUUGCCUCAAUGGUGGAACCUGUGACAAAACCAGUGGCCAGUAUGUUUGUAACUGCGCGCCAGGUUAUGGGGGCGACACAUGCAAUAAAGAGCCACUAUGCGAUGCUGAUACAGAUUGCCUCAAUGGUGGAACCUGUGACAAAAGCAGUGACCAGUAUGUUUGUGACUGCGCCCCAGGUUAUGGGGGCGACACAUGCAAUAAAGCAUCUGGUGCUGCUAAGCUAUCGGUACACAUAUGGAAGCUUGCUGUUAUUGCUGUCCUCACAAAGCUGAGCCUCAACUGAAGACCACAAGACCUUACUUUAUGCUAGACGUGUUUAUUUUGUCUGGAGUGAACAUUAGGCACAUGUUGCGUUAAUAAUUGGUUGAUUAAUUGUCGUUAAGAGAUUGAAAGUGGUUACAUCACUAUCAAUCAGUGUGUUAUUUGGUAGUCUUAGUAGACAGGAAAUACUUGGUGGGUUUUCUGAUGACAUUAACGAAUUAUCCCAAUAACCAAUUUGAAAUGUUCUUCAACAUAAUUAUCUUAACACAUAUCUCUGGCCUGCCCAUCAGUGAUUCUGGUCCUCGUCUGUUUCAUGACAAUGUAAUUACCUCACUGCAGGCAAGAAGACAAAAUUCUCCCCUGUCUACCUUUAGGCCAUUGAUGACAUGUUACUGAUGACGUGGACCUGUCCCCAGUGACCACUGACACAGAGUAAAUGUUAUCUACUUCUUAUCUACAGUGACAGUGAGUGUCACCUACCAGCCAGAAGUGUGUUAUCAUGAUGAAUAGUACAUGCAUGGUGAUCAUUUAUAAUAAAAUAAGGAAGCAUGCA